AUGGGUAUCUCGACCUUGGUCCUCGGCCUCGUCGCCGUCCCGCUGGUGGCAUGUCAGUCGUUCCAGUCAACGCCGGUGAUGGGAUGGAACUCCUACAACCAGGUCGCUUGCAGCCCAACCCAUGACGGGAUCACGGCGGCCAUCAACGCUAUGGCCAGUCGCGGCUUCGUAGACGCGGGCUACAACUAUUUCCAAGUCGACUGCGGAUGGGCUUCUAGAGACGGACAACGAAACGCCACAUCCGGCGCGCUCAAGAUCAACACCAACGCGUUCCCUCAGGGUCUCAAGCCUUUGAGUGAUCUCGCGAGGUCGAAGGGCAUGAAAUGGACGAUGUACUCCGACGCCGGGGUUCGCACGUGCGAUACCACGGUUCCGAGUCCCGUGCUUGGGUCGCUUGGCCACGAAGCCGUCGAUGCGGACUUCUUCAAGACCCUUAACACGGAGUAUGUGAAAUAUGACAACUGCUACGUUACUGGUCCCACGUCGGCCGAGAAUGCCCCUAAGGACCCGAGAACCGACUUCGUAACUCGCUUCACGACCAUGUGGAAGGAGCUUCAACGUGUCGGCAUCCCGGGAAUGCUGAUUUGCCAGUGGGGAACUCCGUACUCGUCCUCGAGUGGUCUACAGGGACCUGCGCAAUGGACCAAGGGUAUCUCGACAUCCUUCCGCCUGUCAGACGACAUUGCCACCGGCUGGGGGAAUGUCUACCGCAUCUACAACCAGGCCGUCCACAUCGCAAAGUCUGGGCUAAUUGGCCCCGGCCACAUUGCAGAUGCUGAUCUCCUCGAGGUCGGCAACAAAGGCAUGACCUUCGAUGAGCAAGCCACUCACUUCGCAUCCUGGGCAAUGCUCAAGUCUGCCCUCAUGAUCUCAACUGAUCUUGCGGCAUUGUCAACCCAGACCGUAGCCGUUCUUCAGAACAAGGAUCUGAUUGCCAUCAACCAGGAUUCCGCGGUCAAGCCGAUCCAGCUUGUCCAGCGCUGGACCGGAGACCGUGACCUCUGGGCUGGGGACCUCGCCAACGGGGACGUUGCGGUUCUCGUUGUGGACCUGAGCAAUGCUGCUCGCACUCUUUCCGUGCAGCUUUCACAACUCGGCAUCGCGUCUGCCACGGUCAAGGAUCUCUGGACAUCGGCUACUGUCCAGAAUGCCGCCAGCUAUUCCAAACAGGUCAAUGCCCAUGGAUCUGUAGCGUUGAGGCUUUCCAACAUUCGACGUACAACGGGUUCGGGAGCAAAGUACAACUACGUGUCCGUCGCAUCCGGUUCUCUGUCAUCUGGCGCGAACCUCCAGUCUUGCUCCGGCUGCACAUCCUCCAAUAAGGUCGGCAACUUAGGUGGCUCGUCCGGUGGUCGCGUCGUGCUGUCGAACAUCUCGACUUCCCAGGCGACGCAGACCGUCUUGUUCGACUACAUCAACGGCGAUGUAGGGUAUCUCGGCGGCAGCAACAAUGAACGUCUCGCGUCGAUCUCCGUCAACGGUGGCGCUGCGAAGACAGUCAGCUUCCCUCUUAGCGGCUACAACUGGGAGGCCGACGUCUUCAAAGGUUACGCUGUGGAGUUGACGGGUUUCAAGACCAACGGCGCGAACACGAUCAGCAUUUCAGGCGUGGGAAGUGCCUGGGCCCCUGACUUUGACAGGAUUGGAGUGGUGGCAUAG